AUGGAGGCUCUCCUAAGCUCACGAACUGCACUCCAAGCAGGUAAUUGUGAUUCAACACUGGCAGCGGGAAAUGUCGUCAGGUCGGAUUUUGAGGCGAGUAGGAACCAGGGCUUUGCGGCGGCUGAAAUUUCGCAGGAUGGUAGCAUGCUAGUUGAUGAUAUCUGUUUCCCACAAGCAACGGAGAAAGACAACUACAAUAUCCACGACAGUCAAGGUUUAGAUGCCACGUGUGAGCCCGAUAAGCACCCGUCGAAAAGUCGGUCUACAGAUCACGCUUCAGGCAAAGAGCUAUUCCACCAGUUUCCCGGCAACAGCAAAAUUAGUGGCUCGUGGGGCGAAAUCCCUGGAAGCAGCUCGAGCUCUGGAUUGGACGAAGAAGAACAAAUUGUAAUCUCCCCACAAACAUACUUUGAAGACUCUUUUGAAGCCUUCUACGGAGUGGUGUACCGGCCCGAAUUUGAAACCCGCCUCGUCCAGCAUUUCGAAAGAGGCACCUCGGACGAUGAUGCAUCCUGGUAUGCUUUGAGGAAUGUCGUCUACGCGACUGGUUGUCGUACAUUUUUAGCAAAACAGAAUUUGCUUUCCUGGGCAGAGAUUCAGCGACGGUCCUGGCCAUUCUUUGAGAACUCCUUGUCUGUUUACGUUGAAUUACUUUAUACUCCUACAGGACUUUCAGCCGUUCGAGCAUUAGCAGCAAUGAAUCUGCACCUUGAAGGGGCAGGAAAUCCAGCUCUAGAAUCCAUGAUGUGUAUCAGCGCUGUAAGACUAGCACAGACGAAAGGUCUACACCGCCAACCAGCUAGCAGCUGGGGCUUGCCUCAAGACGAAGUACUACAUCGAAAUUGGCUGUUCUGGGCCAUAUACGUCCAUGAGAAACAGGUAACCCACCGUUCUGGCCGUCCAUCAACAAUCGAUGAUGAUAAUAUCAGUUGCCAAGUUCCGUCGAGCAUUGUUCCCGGGAGCACCAUUGAUCGCGGAUUUUUGACUUCGAUGAUUAAUCAUGCACAAAUAUCGGCCCGAAUUUAUAGGAAGCUCUUGACCGUGUCUAGCUUUCGUCAAGCACCCAUGACUUUCAUUGAAACAAUGGCCGAGCUUAGCCUGCAGCUGGAGCUUUGGAAAGACUCGUUGUCCCCUGCGCUCAGACCGGGAACACCAAUUUCCAUUGCAGAAUUUCCAUCCACACGAGACCUGAACAAAGUCAUGUAUCUACAGUUUGCUUACUACGGUAGUCUGACAGCUAUCCACACAAUUUUCUACUUUCCGUGGAUUUCCGUCAUAUGCGGAAUUAAUGCCCAUGACACAGCUCACAGCUCUCAGAUUGCUAGCAGCAGCAAGAUAGUGGCGGAGACAGCCAGAAACAUCAUUCAAGCCACAAGGUUCAUGCGCGUAGAUGCAGCUUCACCACAAUGGUAUAGGCUUGUGUUCUACUUUCCUAUGGUCGGUUUGAUCAACCUAUUUCUCUAUAUCUUGAAACACCCGUCACUACCAUCGGCACCCUCAGAUGUGGCGUUCCUGGACAUUGCUGUAGGCCACUUCGGGCACCUGGAAGUUCUUACAUCGUCAGAGCUCAGGUACCCAUUUGCAAGAGAGGUUGCAAGGUUGGCCUACACUACCGUUAAGAAUCACAAUAGGACCAGUAUGGGCUCGACCAAUCCAAAAACGCCAGCGAAUCACUCUUUACGGGCCCCGGAAUUUGAUGCUAGCGAAGUCAAUUUCGCUGAUGAGGAGGGCGAUCUUGACUUUAAUGCUCUUGUGGCAGAUGGAUUUAGCAUUUUCGGGACAGAUGAUAUCCCGAUUGAGGGGGACAUGGUAUAUUUCCCACCUUGA